AUGCUUGACUGGACUCAGAACCAAACUGAGCCUUCUGAGAUCAAUAACCCGGGCUUCAGCUACUCCCCUGCGUUCUCUUCUUCCCCGUCACUUGUCUCAGCACUAGAAGAUGUACCCCCGCAAAAGCCCAAGCAUCCAGUCAUAGAAGAGAUCCUUUCCAAAAACGAUUUAUAUGAAAUAUUGGGUGUGUCGCGCAAAUCCGCGCUCGACAGGCUCGUGUUGAGACGAGCGUAUUUAUCCCGCAGCAGGGCCUGUCACCCAGAUAAAUUUCCCGGGAACGCCGAUGCAACUGAAGCAUUUCAGAAGGUCAAUGUCGCGUAUAACAUACUUAGCACGCCAGCGUCGAAGCGAUGUUACGAUGCAAAUAAAUCACGGAGUUCAUACGACUUUUCGACGAGGCCGUAUGCCCAGGCGGAAGAGACGUUUCGCAGUGUAGUUCUAGGCGUCUUCAAUGACUUCCUCGAAGGCGAUUUGGAAACAGUGCGAACAUUGCUCAGAGCCAUGAACGAUCUGAAUCCCUCACUGAGCCUCGGAGACGAGGGCAUUGACAUGAUCCUGCAUUCCUUACAGUCAAUUCGCGAACGUGCGCUGACAUGCCGGGCAUGUGUUCUAGCCCUGCACACGGAAGUGUCCCGCCUGAUCGAAGUGCAGCACGCCUUCCGGCAGCUGUCCUACCUUGACCUGCGUCGACGGUUCCGCCUUACGCUUGAGCUGACACGAAUCGCAAUAUCGUUGCCCAUCGCCCUCGAACAGGCCAUCACAAAAGCAAAGGAGGACCGACGUGACGAGGAGGCGAGCGUGAUACUGAACCGCCGCCUGCGUUCCAUUCUACGCGGGUCCGCUAGGGUCCUGGCCCGUGUCGAGCGAUUCCUAGAGUAA